UUUGGGUAAAAUCAAAAUAGGCCAACAUGUCUUUAUUCAAAUUCAUUUGGAACGAGGAAUUUUGGUUUUCAAAUGUAACUGAUGGCGAAGCUAUUGUGUGGAAUGAAUUUAUGAAACAGAAAGAAACUGGAGAAUAUUUUCCCGUAGCUUUAGAUCUAAUGUGGUCUAUCCCUUUUGGAUUCAUAAUGAUUUUGAUUCGACGAUUGUUACAGUCCAGCGUUCUUAUCAAGCUUGGAUAUUACAUGGGUGUUCCAAAAACAAAAGGUGUAAACAUUGCAGAAUGUUCCGUACUAGAGCAGGCAUAUAGGAACGGACACCAAAACGACAAACGGACUUUAGAGAAGAUUUCGAAGCAGACGGAUAUGUCCACUCGGCAGAUGGAAAUAUGGUUCCGGAAAAGAGCGAAAAAGGACAUUCUGACAGAUAUUCAGAGAUUUACCGAAAGUACAUGGCACCUUUUUGUUCGAGGAUCUUCAUUUUUGAUCGGAUUGUUUUUGCUGUGGAAUAAACCAUGGUUUUGGAAAACGAAAUACGCUUGGCUUGACUGGCCAAAACAUUAUGUCUUUGAUGACAUAUACUGUUAUUAUAUACUCGAACUCUCCAUAUACUGGCAUCUUAUCUUUAACUUACUUAUGGACCAUAAGAGGAAAGACUUUUGGCUUUCAGCUGUUCACCAUUUUUGCACAAUAGUUUUGAUGUACUUUGGAUGGGUACUGAAUUUCGUUAGAAUCGGCACAUUCAUUCUUUUAGUCCAUGAUGCCUCCGAUCCAUGGGUUGACCUUGGUAAAAUACUGGUAUACAGCAAGAAGAAACGGUCUUCAGAAAUAGUUUUUGUAAUUUUUGUCUUCGUGUGGCUAUUGAGUAAGGAUGGUAUAUACCCAUUUAUACUUCUAAAUAGCACCACCUUUGAGGCAUACAAAUACCUUCCUGUCACGAAUUAUAUGCUGAUCUUUUUCAACGUAUUUCUGUACAUUCUCAUGAUUUUGCAUAUUAUGUGGACAUACAACAUUUUCGAGGUCAUCGUGAAUAAACUCAGACAUGGUGAACUUAAAGAUGUAAGGAGCGAGUCGGAACAUGACAGCGGAGACACUGAUGGAGAAUAGAUAGUUGCGUGGACAAAUUUUUGUAACUGAACUUUAUGUAUUUAUUAGACAGUAGCCUUAGUUAUCAAUAUGCAUGUAUGUUUUAUGUGGCAAAACAAAUGUUAGUUUAGUGAAUAGUAGAACCUGCAACAACAAAAACAAAAACGGACAUAAAAGUGUACAAAUCGAAACUGUCUUUGCCACUUUGUUAUCUCGAUAAUCUAAAGCAAUUUAGUGAAGCGCAUGAUUUUGGUUCUUGUAUUAGAGAGGUACUAGUACCCACUUCUUGGAGUAUACACAGUUGUAGUUUAAUCUAUUUCUCGCGUGCGGAUUUGUGAAUCCAAGAGUUACUCUUACAUAAUUCAUAACUAAUACUACACGUUCUUCAUAAUGACAUCAGCAGAAAGAUAAUUCUGCACUCCGAUAUGCUGCUUAUGUAGAAAUGUUUGCCAAAAUGCGUAUGCAAGUUGUAUGGAACGCCAAAACCGAGUUUACUCGUCUAUUUUCUUUAAAAUACAGUAUGAUGGGACACAUUUUCAUCCUGAUGUGGUUUUAUGUCAUUCUUUUGUUGUCAGAUUACAUUAUGACGUUGUUACUUUAAACCUUUUGUGGUCUUUUAACAGUGGCUAUUUGUCAUUCGGCAGUGGUUUCUUGCCAGUCUGCUGUGCGAACCUCUCAUACGCAGCGGUAUUCUGACUUUCGGCAGUGGUUACUUGUCAUUUGGCGGUGCUUACUUGUUAUUUGGUAUUGCUAGCUUGGCCGGAGGGGCACCUGGGGUCUUCUUCCACCAUCAAAGCUGGAAAGUCGUCAUAUGACCUAUCAUGUGUCGGUGCGACGUUAAAUCCAAAAAUAAUAAUAAUUGUCAUUUGGCACUGGUUACCUGACAUUCGGCAGUGGUAAUUUGUCAUUCUGGUAAGCUGGCAUUCGACAGUGAUACAUUGUCAUUCAACAGCGUUUACUGGUAUCUGGUUACUUGUUAUAUGGCACUGGUAAUUUGUCAUUCAACAAUGGUAAUUAUUUGGCAUUCGACAAUAAUAACUUGUCAUUCCUACU